UCCCCAAACUUUAAUUAAAAAAAUUAAACAAAGCCCGACGAGAGAUUCGUCUUCCCCCUCGCUUCCGCCCGCCGAAACCCUAGCCCGUCCCGCCUCGCCGCCGACGAUGGCCGCCGCAUGAUCGGUGCGCUGCCUUGGAACCGCCUGCCCACCGGCAUCGCCAAGCCCGCGGCCGCCGCGGCCGUCGUCGUAGCGGCGCUCGCGUCCUCCUUCCUCGCCGUCCCGCGUCCGCGCGCCGCCUCGGUCGCCGCGGGAUCCGUCGUCAUGUCGAAGGCGAGGGUCUACACCGACAUCAACGUCCAGCGCCCCAAGGAGUAUUGGGACUACGAGGCGCUCACCGUGCAAUGGGGUGAACAGGAUGACUAUGAAGUUGUCAGAAAAGUUGGAAGAGGUAAAUAUAGUGAGGUCUUUGAAGGCAUCAAUGUUAACAAUAAUGAGAAAUGCAUCAUUAAGAUCCUUAAGCCUGUCAAGAAAAAGAAGAUCAAAAGGGAGAUCAAAAUACUUCAGAAUCUCUGUGGAGGUCCAAACAUUAUUAAGCUGCUCGAUAUUGUCAGAGAUCAGCAUUCAAAGACCCCCAGCUUGAUCUUUGAAUACGUCAACAACACAGACUUCAAAGUUUUGUACCCCACAUUGACGGAUUAUGACAUCCGCUACUACAUAUAUGAGCUACUCAAGGCUCUAGAUUACUGCCAUUCUCAAGGCAUUAUGCAUCGAGAUGUCAAGCCCCACAAUGUAAUGAUUGAUCAUGAACUUCGAAAACUUCGCUUGAUAGACUGGGGCCUGGCUGAGUUCUAUCAUCCAGGCAAGGAAUAUAAUGUCCGAGUUGCAUCAAGGUAUUUCAAGGGACCUGAACUUCUUGUUGAUUUACAAGACUAUGAUUAUUCUUUGGACAUGUGGAGUCUUGGUUGCAUGUUUGCUGGAAUGAUAUUUCGCAAGGAACCAUUCUUCUAUGGACAUGACAAUCAUGACCAACUUGUGAAGAUCGCAAAGGUGCUUGGAACAGAUGGGCUGAAUGCUUAUUUGAACAAGUAUCAUAUCGAGCUUGACCCUCAACUUGAAGCUCUUGUUGGAAGGCAUAGUAGAAAACCCUGGUCAAAGUUCAUUAAUGCUGAUAACCAACAUCUAGUAUCACCUGAGGCCAUAGAUUUUCUCGACCAUCUCCUACGCUACGAUCACCAAGAAAGGUUUACUGCACGUGAAGCUAUGGCACAUCCCUACUUCCUCCAAGUCAGAGCCGCGGAGCACAGCAGGACACGACCACAAUAAUUAUGGUGCACACCCUACUUAUACUGAACAUAGUCAGCUGAAACCAUGUUCAGUAAGCAUCUUGCUCCAGGUACCUAUACCAUGAUUCCAUGACAGUGACAAAAAUAGUAGUCGCAUCAUGUGAGCAACGCUGGCAGAGCUUGAUAGUAUCUUCAAGCUUGGGAUCACCAUGCAUACAAUCUUUCGUAACGGGAGAUGAAAUUAUAUGUGAUCUUAGACUAAUUGAAGUGGAUACAGCUUUAAUAAUAUUGCUUGUAUUAUGGUGUGAUAUGGUGUAUGCAAGAUUCAUAUUUAUUUCUGGUGGUUGUAGUUAUUUCGAUGAAAUACGCUUAUUGAUUGGCAAGGCUACAUGUCACAACACAAUAGUCAACUGGUUUGUAGUA